AUUUAAAGGAGUCAGAUACUGCGGCGGAAGUUGUCCGAAUUAGUUCAUGAGACGGCAAGCGUAAGAAUGAUCCUAACGCGAAGUUCUUUGAUAUUGCUAGGACUAACUGUGUUCCAAAGCAUCGGCAGAGCAAAUGUCCUUGCAGCCGAUGGGGCGCAAACUUGCAUCAAUUUGUGCGAGAGCUGCGGUGGAAUAGCAACAUUUCAACACAACAUUUGUCAGUGCCACGUUGCCGAUGACAAUGAUCAAGGUGCCGAAUGCAUUCACCGAAUGAGAAGGCAAGCUCAGGAACUUGGAGUAGACAUAGUAUCCUGCGAUCUCGCUAAUCCUGAAGCAGAUCGUCCCGCUCGGUGUGCUGUAUCUCCGCUGCGACGGUUGAGGACUCGAGGUAAUGGCGAUUUAAUCGCAAGAUAUUUCAUGGGGAACGGGUUAGCUUCGCUCCUGGGGUCGAGAAACCCGGAGGCAGAAUCAACGGGGGAUUCUGAUUCCUCAUCUAGGCAGGAAAAUGUUGGCGCAAGUGAGGCUACAAGCGGCGAUCAGGCAGAGAUCACUGGGGACCAGUCGAACAUGAAUUCCGCUGUCGUUGGGGCGCCAUAUCAAUUUUUGGAAACAGAUCCUUACAUGGUAGCAGCAAUGGCUAACUGGUAUCAGCCGCACAAUAUGAUGACUAUAGACGAAAGUUGUACGGGAGUACGGGAUGGCACUGAAAUGCAAAGCUUCUUGGGACAACCGAACCCUGCAAUUACUUCGAUGACUGACAAUGAAUCGGGACAAGCAAAUUUUGUUGGUUCACCGAAUCAGGAUGAGAUCGGGGGAGUCUCAUCAGGGAGAAUGUAUGAGUCAUAUAAUUUGCAUCCAUUAAUGCUGGGCAUGAAUCCAUACGCCUACUUUAUUCGUACACCUUAUGGGGCCCAGUUUCCAGGGGGAUCGCAAAUGCUGGGCAUGCAGUCGUACCACUAUAAGUCUAUAGAUGGAGAUCGAAACUCUCAGUCCCGAGAAAACAACGUCGUGGGUCUAUCUCCUUAUUCGAAUUGUCAAACGUCACUACUUGGAGAAAGUAACCCCCAUCUAGGGGAUUCGGCCGCUGGACAGGAGAAUAGUCAAGAUAAAAAUGGAAUGCCGGACGAAGAAGUUACGGGAGAGGCAAAUCCAGUAGGCUUACAUCGCGAGGAUAGGCAACACCUUGGUAGGAAUGGACAAGUCGAUAAAGAUGUUAAAGGAGAUGCAGCGGAUCCAGAAGAAAUCAAAGAUCAAACUGUUGGUUCCUCAAAGUAUAAACUAAAACGGAGACUGAACAGAUUUAAAACAAAAGAAAGCCGCUCUACACCUGCAGAUCAAGUUGACUCGCGUUAUGGACAUCCGGACGAUCCAUAUGGCGCUGCGUAAGAAAAACGGAUUCAAAGAAGUAAAAUGUACUUUCCGGAGCAGACUUCUUCAAUACAGAUUUUAUGAUGUUAUAUAGGUUACGUAGGUAGAAUAUUAUUUUUGUUAUGCAUACUUAAUUGUAAAUAAUCCACGCAUCUCGUUGAUUCGUAUGUAUAAUUUCAUUUAAGAUGAAGAUCUACAAUAAUGACGUAUUUUAAGUAGAAUAACAUAUCAUUAUAUUUACUCUGAAUUUUGUAUCUUCAGUAGUUUUCGCAAUAAAUUAAAAACUAUAUUAACUGCAGUAGAAAGAAUAUGCUUAUAGAAAUUGGAUAUCUUCAAAGUACAUUACGAUGUUACCUAACUCUGUGACAUUAUAUCAUUUUUUGUAGCAUGCU